GGUAAUUACUUCGUAUUCUACAGCUGAUUUUCGUCUUUUGAGAACUAUGUUGUUUGUUUCGGUGUGCAGCUCACGCCACGCAGUAAAAUUGUGUGAAUAAUUUUAUUGAUGUAGGUUAGGUGUUAAAUUAUGAUUUCGUGGCGAGUUUCGUCAUUGUUUUAACCUGAAACUGGGCAAAGAGCGCGGGUGAGACGUCAAAAAAGUAUUAGUUUUUGAAAAGUGUUUGCAUACACCCAUUCAUUAAUAUUUAACUCGACCAUAAUAUACCGCUGUCUGGCACUUUGGAAAAUGCGGUUAUGUUUAAAGAAGCAUUUCUUUUAACAUAUUAAUAAUUAACUUUUCUUUAUAUAUUAUAUCAUUCAUAAUUUAUUUAUUUUAUAAUUUUUUAUAAGUAUGCUCUUUAACCAGCUUAUAGAGCUUAUGUUGAAAACUAUGAAAAUGAAUUGAAGUAUUUCUGAUGUUUUAGUAUUAUUUGUUACAUUUGAUUUACAUAAAAUUUUUCUUUACAAGAAAUGUGUGUGAAGUAUAUAGUAUAUUGUGCAAUAGUGUGAAAAAGAACAGUUAAUUUUUCACAGUUUUGACAUAAUGACUUUACAGUUAAUAAUUGCACUAGUGGUAGAGACUAAUUAUUCUCAUCUUGUGGUUGAAAUAUCUACUUACUUUGUACCCUUGGAGUGAACCCUGAUACUGUGUGUAUGUGUGUGUUGUAGUGCUUAUGUUGCCAGGAAAUCAGAGCUUUUUUAAUAGUCUUAUUUAUUUUGUUAAUAUUUACCAUUUGGUGUUAUCAUGAGUGAUCUGGAUCAAGAUGAUGAUAGCAGAAGCAGCAUUAAAAAUGAUUCAGAUGAUAGUUUUAGGGGGAAAGUCAAUAAUGAGCUUAUUGAAGCUAUUCUUGGGGAAAUGAAAAGUGAAUUUAAUAAAUCGUUUAUCUCUGAGGUUAAGAAAGAAAAAGUAACAAAAUGUGUUAAUGCCGAAAGUAGCAGUACCAAUGAAAUUACUCAGGAUAACAGUGAGUCUGCUGUUAAAGAAUCUUGCCAGGAAUCGGAUACAGUGUCAAAUUGUGAUACAAAGUCUGAAGUUGUUGGUGAAGAUAAUGCUAGUGAGAAACCUCCUGACUUACUAAAUACUUCUAGUAAAAAAGGAAGUAAUGAUGUGCAAGAUAAAGACUGUUCUGAUAUUGCUCCAUUAUUGGUGAGAGAGAGUGAUGGAAAUGUUCCAUGUAUUCUAAUAACAUUAAACUCAAAUUGUGAAGUGGUGGAAAAUCCUCAGAGUCUCAAAAAGUUGAAAAUUGAAUCAAGUAUCAUGGAUGAAAAUUCACCAUUGAAAUCAAAAACUGAAGAUCAACCCAGAGAGACUUCAGUUACACCUGGAAAGCGAUCGUUACGUAGUCAGAAAGUACUGCCAGAAACACCAGAACUUGCUAUCGUCAAACGAUCAGCAAGACGUCGCUCUAAGGAUUCACCUCGUGAGUCUGUAUUGCAGAGUGCAAUUGCUCGAAAAGAGAAAUCAUUCAGCAACCUUAGCCAUAGUGAAGAAAAGUCUUGCUCAAGUAGAAAUUUAAAAGUUUCUUCAUUUCGGUCUCCUAGGCUGAGCUCUGUAGAAAGAGCUCAAACUGGAAAAUCUAGAUCUUCAACAGUAGGAGAGAAAGGAAAACCUGCUAACUUGCCAAAAUCACCCAGAUUGUUGUCUCAAGUGGGAUUGCUUCCAUCGUCGUCAACAUCAAAAUCUGAAACUCAAUCAAAUGUUGAUACACCUACAAAACCAUUGGGAAAAACUAGGAGUAGUUCAGAGUUCAGUUCUAGUGGUAGUGCUUCUGAUAAUAUUAAGCAAGAACCUGGUUGCAAGCCGACUUCAAAGUCACCUGUGCCAGCCAAUGCACCUGCAGCAUACACAAAAACUGGGAAGAGACGCUAUAAACCAUUCAAAGGUUUACGUUAUUCUUUCACAAGUGGACCAGCAAAAAGGAGUAAAAUUGGACGAAGAUCAGUUCGUGAAAGACCUUGGCAAGAAAGUAAUUCAUCGUUAAAUAUGGCUCCAGGGAGAACAAUAUCUACCAGAAACACAAGAACAACUGUUCUUCAGAAGGAACCAGUUGCUAUUAAAAGAGAGCCUGAACCUAAGAAAAAAAAUCUUUAUUCCAAAACAGAAAAGAAUAGUGUUCCAGUGACCAGCCAUUUAGCUGAAAAAGGAAAUCAUGGUGGUGCAGGGCGAAGUGACAGCCCUGUUGUAGCUGAAGCUUGUCAAACAGCUGUUCACAAAAGGAAAAUGCAGCCCAGCAUGGAAGAUGAUAUUGAAGACAUUAGUGGGAAGCGCAGUCGUCACAAUCAUGUGCCUUCUCCGAGCCCUGCUGAUGCCAAUCAGGGACCUUCAAAGCCUGAAUCCACUGCUAUAUCUUCUGGAGCUGGGACUGCAGCGUUGUGUUGCUGUCAGACAAAAUCACAGCUUUUUGUGACAGCUCGUGGACACAGUGGUGCUUCUGGAGCUGAGAUGUAUUGCCAAGCUGUGGACAGUUUAGAAAACAGGACUGUUGGCUGUAGCAAUACCAUAGGGACAAUAGAUGUUCGUAUGUGCCGACCCAGUGUGAAAGUGCCUUACAUGAUUUUGUGUGAGGUCCAUCUCAAUCGACUGUUGCGGCAUAAUUGUUGUCCUGGAUGUGGAGUAUUUUGCACUCAGGGAAGAUUUUUUCAGUGUGCUUCAAUGCACUUGUAUCAUGAGGAAUGCCAGUUGCUGGUGAAGGAUAAAUCACUCUGUCCACAUUGUGGACUUGAUUCACCUCAAAAUGAAUGCAUUCUUACCUUUGGAACAUACAAGAAUCCAGUGUUUCUUCCUCAGCAGAAACCGCCAAAAAAGUACCCUGCUGCUAAAAUGUCAUUUGGAAGAUCUCCUGCAUCUAGAGAAGAGCAGUUAGAUGAUGUACCUACAAUACCAUCAUUUUCUCUCACCUUGCCAAAUGGAAGGUCUGUUACUGCAGAAGGACUUUCCAACACAAUUGAUAGAGAUAAAUUAGGUCGACUGUUGAAUGUACUCUGUAACGUUAAGGAUCCCGGACCCGGUGUUGUUUCUCCUGUUCAAGCAAGGUAUACCCCCAAAACUUUGUACCAUGCAGCCAAGUCUGGUAAUACUGAAAAAUUAUUGGCAGCAUUAGCAUCUGGGGUGAACCCUAACCAUCAGUUCAGAGACAAUGCCAUGGGUACAGCAUUACAUGCAGCUUGUACUGGUAAUCAUUUGACAGUAGUUCAUAUUCUACUCCAGGCUGGUGCCCAGGCAGAUAUGAUGGACCGUGACCAACAUACUCCAUUAAUGAUUGCUGCAAUGGCUGGACAUAAUUCUAUUGUAAAAUAUUUAGUUAAAGCUGGAGCUUGUGUUACUUUGAAGGGUGCUGAUGGUAUGACAGCUCUUCAUUUAGCAGCUAAAGCUGGAAAUCUGGAAGCAUGUCAUUACCUUUUGUCCACUCCAAAUGUGGGGAAGACUUUUAUUGAUGUGGUUGAUGACGGAGGGUGGACUCCUUUGGUAUGGGCUGCAGAACACUGUCACACAAAUGUUGCUAGGUAUUUACUGGACAAGAAAGCAGAUCCUUUGAUACGCGAUGCUGAACAGAACAUCGCUCUCCACUGGUCUGCUUUCUCGGGAAGUGUUGACAUCACUGAAAUGUUACUGAACUAUGGGUGUCCAGUAAAUUGUACUAAUACCCAUGGAGAUACUCCUCUGCAUAUUGGUGCUCGUCAGAACAUGUAUAGCUGUGUUUUAUUAUUAUUGACUCGUGGAGCAGAUGUGAACAAGACUAACAAUUCAGGAGAUACUCCUCAAAAUUGUUGUCACACCCAAAGUAAUGACUGCUUCAGAGCAAUUGUAUUAAAUAAAGAAUUGCAAUCCAUUACUAGGAAGUCAAAGAAGAGAGAAAUGAGACUUCUUUGCAAUGACAUAUCCAGAGGAAAAGAAACAAAUCCAAUUCAGUGUGUAAAUAAUGAAGACAGUGAAGGUGAACCACGUGAUUACAUGUAUGUGAGUGAAAAUUGUUUCACGUCAAAUAUAUUUGUUAGUCGUACCAUAACAUCUCUUCAAGCAUGUCGUUGUGAAGAUACUUGCUCAACUAAAAGUUGUCUUUGUGGUAACAUCAGCUUAAGAUGUUGGUAUGAUGAUGAUGGGAGGCUGUCAUCAGAUUUUAAUUAUGCAGAUCCUCCAAUGCUUUUUGAAUGCAAUCAGGCGUGUGCCUGCAAUUGUGUGACAUGCAACAACAGAGUUGUACAAAGUGGACUGACAGCUCGAUUUCAGUUGUUUCGCACUCGUAGUAAAGGAUGGGGAGUACGUACAUUGCAGCCCAUUCUGAAAGGAACGUAUGUGUGCGAGUAUAUUGGUGAAGUUAUAUCUGACUGUGAGGCUGAUCAUCGAGAAGAUGACUCUUAUCUUUUUGAUUUGGACAAUAAGGAUGGUGAGACCUAUUGUAUUGAUGCAAGACAUUAUGGCAAUGUGGCCCGCUUUAUAAAUCACAUGUGUGUGCCAAAUCUUCAGCCAGUUAGGGUUUUCAUAGAUCAUCAAGAUUUACAUUUUCCUCGCAUUGCAUUCUUUGCAAAUCAAGAUAUAGCAGCUGAAGAAGAAUUGGGUUUUGAUUAUGGAGAAAAGUUCUGGAUUAUCAAGUGCAAAUCAUUCACUUGUACUUGUGGUGCCUCCAGCUGUCGAUAUUCAGAGUUAACUAUCAGUCAGACAUUGGAAAAUUACAGAGCACGUCUUCAAGAAGACUCAGUUGACCAUUAAAUGUGUUCCCAAUUUACAGAAAAUGUAGGGUGCUAUUAUAAUUCUGGGGAAAAAACCCAUUGCUCUGUUGUUUUCAGACAUUCCAUCUUCACUUCUUUUGAAAUAAACUCAAGAAGAAAAAAAAAAAAAAAAAAUUGUAGGGGGUCUAUAGUUUAAAGAAUUUUGGUAGACAUUGUGGUAACAUUGUGAAAACAUAGAAAUUUCAGUUCAGUUGGGAAAAUUGAUAUAUUACUUUGUUGUUUUUUAUGAAUAAUUAUUGUAUAUUGAGUGGCUUCAGUGUAUAUGAUUAUUUCUCUUCAUAAUUUUUGAAGUAUGGUGUUUAAUGAUUGGGAGAUAUUGGGCAACUCAAUGACAAAUUGAUAUUUUCAAAGUUCCUCUCUGUACAAUAAUCUCUUUCUUCAUGUAUAUUUAUUUGCUUUGAAUUGGUUUUGAAAAAAACAUAAAAACAAUUUGUUUUUUAUUUCUGUUGUUCUGCUAUGUUACUUGUUCAUGUUGUGAUUGUAUGUGGCCACGUUUGUUGCUAGUUUUUUGAGAGAGUGCUUUACUAAUAAUUGGCAUUGGCAUUGGGAUUGAUUAGAGAAGUUAUUGCAAUUGGGUUGCUGGAGAAAGGAAAAAUUUUACUGGAGAUUGUUAAUUAUUUUCUUGAUUUUAUGUUUGGAAUGAUCUAUCUAUGGAAUUAUACACUAUAAAAGACAAAGUAUUGUCUAGUCUCUGUGGGUAAUUUUGGCUAUAAGAUGGAAAAUGAUUGUUUAGGUAUAUUUUGGACAAAUUGAAAGUAUACCGGGUUUUUGAAUGUGUUGCAUAUUCAGCCACUACAAUGUUGUACUUAUAGUAUUAUUUAUUAUCUAUUUUAAAUAUGCAUGCCUCAUUAAGUGUGAUUUGAUGAGAAGAUGUGAAGGAGUGUGUAUUUUCACAUUGCCAAGAGUAGAGAUUUGGAAGAUUUAGGUAUGCAUCAUAAGUUUGUUAUUUGCCUGUUUGUGUUUGUUUGGUAUCUAAUGACUGAGUCAUAGAUAUGCUUUAAUAUUGAGUGUUUUAAUGAAACUGAGAUUUGCAGAUGUACCUGCAUUCACAAUGAUUUUAUGGAACCUUUUUGUAUUUUAUGAGUCAUACUAUUUUGUACUAUUUUAUUAAAGAACAGACUGUUAACUUAAAAAUGGAAAAGGUGUGAAUAAGGCAAACAAAUGUCCAAGAACUUUGUUAUUUUUAAUUUUUAUUGUACAGAAUGUUAUGUUCAAAUUUAGAAUUAAAUUUGAUAACAAAUUGCUUUUCAUACCAUGCCUUUUCUUCUGUGAAAACUGCUGUUUUGUGUAGGACAACAAAGUAAAUUUACUGUUGAGCAGAUUCUGAAGCUAUGAUUUUAGUCAAUUUAUGACAUGUUUAUUUACAGUAUUUACUUAAUGAAACUCUUUCUUUGCUUUGUGCCAUUCUGAGUUUUUUAUUAUCUUUUACAGACUAAUUGUCCAAGAAAUGUGUUAAUAGAGUAUCUUUUACCAAAUGUCAUAUUUUGAUAUUUUUGAGCACAAAUUAUUCAGAGGAGUUGGUAAUAGAUAAUAAUUUAAUAUCUAUUUUGUAUUUUAGAACUUUGUAACAAAAUCAUUAAUUAUGGCACUAGAUGGACAUAGUCUAUCUUUUUGUAAUUUUAUUACUGUUGAUUUUGAAAAAGAAAAUGAAACUGAGUAAAGAGCAGACUGAAAUGUACGUUGUAUGGUGCAAUUUGCCCUGUCACCAUAACCCUGAGUAUGAUACAACAACCUCUUUAUUGUUAUAAUUAUGCAAUGUUCUCUACAACUCUUAGAAUUCCUAGUUAACAUGGAUGUAAUUAAAACACACAUGUAAAAUCUGGGCAUAUUUGAAGAAAGGAGCUUGUUUUCAUUGUAAAGUAUUUCAUGCUGGGAAGCUAUUUGAAUAAAAAUUUAUAUUUUCACUGGAAUGGGAAUUUUCUCUGAAUAUUUUCUCUAUGAAUCAUAAUGAUAAUAAAUGUUUUAACAUAAAAUGCCAUGGGUAAGAGAGACUCAGAAUAAGUGUUUGUGAACAUAUGUGUUAUGAAUAUUGCAAAAGUCACAGAAGCAUUGUGAAACAAAAUUAAUGUAUUGAUGAACCUAAAAAAUGUGUUAAUCAAUUGUGGAUGUGUGUCCAACUGCUAAAUGAUUAUUGAUAAAUAAAUACUUAAAUUGAUAAAGUUCAAUAUUAGAAUACUGUUUUGUGUUUCAUUCAUAAAAUAAAAUGAAUUAAUUCUGAUCAUGUCAUUCUGUUCCGUGCCGCUUAUCAGUUUUAUGACACUGAUUGUUAAUUUAACUGACUUGAUAAACCUUGGAUUUCAAACAAUUGUAAUUACAGGUUGUUGUCAGUAAAUAGGACUACCACUGAGAUACU